AUGUUUAACCAUACAGCAGGCGGACCUCGCCCUUCCAGCAACAACAACGAGGACCCGUCAUAUGGCUUCGCCGACCAAGCCUGGCAGCGGUUCAGCAUGAACAAUAACACAAACAGUUUCUCGACGGUCCAUUCACAACCAUAUCAUGACUCUGGCGCAUCCUACGGCGAUUCGUCCGGUAUGGACUGGGCGCCAACUCCGACGGCGGACUAUCAAAUGCGAUUCGACCAGCAGGACGAUAUGUCUCAAGAUGUUGAGCUCGACAGUAUGAGCUCUUCUCACGGAGCGGGAGGUGGUGUUGGACGUUUGGUCGCGCAUUUCGAAAACAAGACCUUUGCGCCACCACUUCCCCCAAGACCAUCCAACGCUGUAACGAGCCCAGUGCAUCAAGACCCUCCAGCUUCCUCGCCCUUUGGCAACUUCAGUGUGACCUCGCCUAUCGUUACGAGUCCUCUUGCUAGUCCUUCAGAGCCCAACUAUGGACUCUUGGGUGGCCAUUCAAGGGUCACCAGUCCGAUCGUUAGCCCGCCGCCCGCCCUCGCUUUUGGUGGAUUCCACGAUAUGCCAGUUCACAAUUCAACCGUUAAUUCAUCAUCUGCACCCUUUGGAAGUAUGAACAGCUUCAUGGUCAACAAUAAUAGAAUGACGACACCGAUGGAGACAAAUUCUAUGACUGGGUCGUCGAUGAUGCCGAAUUCUGGGAUGAAUACCAAGAUAACUUCUCCCAACCCGACUACUUCAACCGUACCAGGUACACCUGGAUUUGCCAUAUGGCGACCGCCCGUACCAAUGACCUCUAAGCCUUCCCUGGAUCAGUCGCAAGGCAGCAGUAAUCCAUCAAACCCAGGUGUUUAUUUCACGAAACCCCCCAUUCCCUCUACACCUAAACCCGUGAUGAACGCUGGAAGCCAGCUGGUCUUGGAUUUCAAUACCAAUUCCAGCUUCAAUGCGAAAGGCAAAGCUCCUGCCAAACCACCCGCAAAACCGCCCAGACCAGCUCGGCAACCCUCUCGUUCAUCAAUAUCUACACCAGGACCUUUCAGCCCUCCUAUCAAACGUGAGCCUUCUACGCCACAAUUGUCUCAAGCCUCUGCUUCAUCUUUUCUGCCGCCGAAUGAACGGAGAAGUUCAGUAUCUCAACGAUCUCAGGCGGGAAGCCGCCCUUCAAGAGAGCAAGUUCCUGCAGAAGCCUGGGAAUCAUUUAAGAACACGAUUCGAACGCUGUAUCUUGAAGAGAGAAAACCGUUGAAAGAGGUCAUGUCAGUCAUGGCCGACAAGUACGGCUUCCAGGCAACGCCAAAAAUGUACAAAACUCGAUUCUCACAGUGGGGGUUUGUCAAGAACAACACCGAGGAGGAAGUCAAACGUCUGCUGUCUAUGAAAUUUCAACGCGACGCUGAAGGAAAGGUGUCUGAAUUCGUUCGCAACGGCAAAGUUGUUAACCUGGGAACGUAUUUGAAGAGAAAAGGCGUAACCGAGUACGACUUGGUUGACUUCGAGCUCCCUGCUGAUCUACCAGCACACAUCCGAUGCCGAACUCCAACUCCACCCCCCGUACCUGGCUAUCUCCAGUCGCCAGAUCUUCUCCGAGCACAGGAGACAAUUGUUGGCAAUAUGAGAAAAGCGUUCUUGCAAUGUCGACAAUUUGAAGUGGAAACCGAUGCCCAAGUCGGAUGGCAAAGUAUUAUGGUGUGGGGAGCUGAUUCGAGCGAUCUUCUUCUCGAAGCUAACCACUAUUUCGAAAUGAAGGACCAUGAUCAAGGUGGUCAUUUCCUGAUGAAGGCUUUCCAGCAGCUCGAGUCGGAUUUGAAAAAGCUUUCUCCCCAAGGAAUUAUAGAGUUGCUUUUGGGCAUGGUUCAUCGUGACCCAGGCAUGAUGACGGCGCUUUGCAAGUACCUGGCAGCUUACUCGACCACCAACUUUGAACGAUCGCAUCCCCUGCGGCAAAUAUUUUCUUGCUUAUACGAGGUUCAACAAAAACAUGGCCCAGGGACACUUUCUGAGCUACUCUGGGGUAGUACACCUACCAUUGCCGAAGAGUUGGAAGCCAUCUACGGGCGAAAGCAUCCUUAUGUAGCACGAACGUGGGUUGACCUGGCCAUGUUUUACAACCACGUGAACCAAGAACGAGCCGAGAAGCUGGUUGGAGAACUUCGACUUCUGCAGCGACAGAUGGAACAAGCACUCGGCCUUGAAAGUGUCGACGUUCUUGUACUGCGGUAUACCGUCGUCCAAUUGAUGUUUGCGGCACAUCCCCAGUCCGACGCGACGAAACAGGCAACUAUCGAUCUUUGGCACCACAUGAGAGGGAUGAAUCUUGUUUUCCCCGUUCGCAGUCAACAGCCAAAUGUGUUCUGCUACCACAGCCCAGUCAAAGUUGAUCCUUGGACAAAACGGUGCCGACGCCGGUACGACUCGGGUGCUCAAUUCUUCGAGGAACAUGUUGGUGUGCGCGUCAUCAUGUACUUUGAGGAAGACUUCCAUACGACUGAGCACGCGCCAGACCAUAUGCUGCAACAGCAACAACACCAGCAUCAGCGUCAACACCAGCAUCAACACAACCAGCAAUACCAGCAUCGACAGCAGUCGCAGCAGCAACGCCCACAACAACUGCAGGCACAGGAUUCGUGGGCCGCUGCAAUGGAGCAACACAUGUCGAGCUCGAAAUAUUCGUUUAUCUGA